AUGGAACACAGUGUAGAUUGCUCAUUUCCUACUACUACUACUACUACUACUACUACUACUACUACUACUACUACUACUACUACUACUACUACUACUACUACUACUACUACUACUACUACUACUACUACUACUACUACUACUACUACUACUACUACUACUACUACUACUACUACUACUACUACUACUACUACUACUACUACUACUACUACUACUACUACUACUACUACUACUACUACUACUACUACUACUACUACUACUACUACUACUACUACUACUACUACUACUACUACUACUACUACUACUACUACUACUACUACUACUACUACUACUACUACUACUACUACUACUACUACUACUACUACUACUACUACUACUACUACUACUACUACUACUACUACUACUACUACUACUACUACUACUACUACUACUACUACUACUACUACUACUACUACUACUACUACUCCUACUACUACUACUACUACUACUACUACUACUACUACUACUACUACUACUACUACUACUACUACUACUACUACUACUACUACUACUACUACUACUACUACUACUACUACUACUACUACUACUACUACUACUACUACUACUACUACUACUACUACUACUACUACUACUACUACUACUACUACUACUACUACUACUACUACUACUACUACUACUACUACUACUACUACUACUACUACUACUACUACUACUACUACUACUACUACUACUACUACUACUACUACUACUACUACUACUACUACUACUACUACUACUACUACUACUACUACUACUACUACUACUACUACUACUACUACUACUACUACUACUACUACUACUACUACUACUACUACUACUACUACUACUACUACUACUACUACUACUACUACUACUACUACUACUACUACUACUACUACUACUACUACUACUACUACUACUACUACUACUACUACUACUACUACUACUACUACUACUACUACUACUACUACUACUACUACUACUACUACUACUACUACUACUACUACUACUACUACUACUACUACUACUACUACUACUACUACUACUACUACUACUACUACUACUACUACUACUACUACUACUACUACUACUACUACUACUACUACUACUACUACUACUACUACUACUACUACUACUACUACUACUACUACUACUACUACUACUACUACUACUACUACUACUACUACUACUACUACUACUACUACUACUUCUACUACUACUACUUGUUCAGAGUACUUUGCUCAGUUCUUAUUUGUUUGUGUAUAUGUUAAUCUAUGUUGUAUAUGUAGACAUUUAUUUCUUGAUUUUUCGUAUGUAGUCAUGCUGAUUGAAAUUAGUUUAUAUAGAAUGAAUAUAAACUACCUUCAAGAUGCAUUUUCUGGAGUUCUAGUGAUAAUCCAUGACCAAUCGAGUCAAACAGCGUAA